AUGGAAGUCAUGAUCAGCGUCUGCGGCGAGACGCCGACGCAGGGAGAGGUGUUCCACUGCGGCGACGCCUACGCGACCAUCGUGUCGGUUGACCCGCGCGGCAAUCCGGUGGACCUGCCCAUUGACCUCGCCCCAGAAUCUGCAGCCGACCUGCUGCGCUGCCGCGCUGCCGCCGACCGGCGGUACGAGCGGCUGGCGAUGCGCAGAUCCCUUCUGGCCAACGAGGCCAGACGGCCGUCACUCGAUGGCACACUCGCCGGCUCCCUGCGAUCCAGGAAUGCUUUUGGUGGCACCUGA